CUCGAAUCGACUCAGCUCAUCUUCUGCGCUGCCCUCUCGUUCCUCCAUACCUCUCCCGUUUCCUCCCUCUGUUUGUUUGUUUGCUUGCUGUGCUGCGCUGUAGCUAAUGCUUGUCGCCUUCCCCCCUCCCUUUUGACCUCGACGACAUCAACUGGAUCGAAUGAUCCAAUUACUGUCUGCCCUUCCACCUGAUUCACUGAUGUGCUUGUGCUCUUGUUCUGACUGAUGUGAGUGAGAGUCAUAAAUAUUGACUGGUGAAGGAAAAAGGUGAGGACAGAGACCGCGAGACAGAGAGUGGGCGUGUGGUAAGAGUGUGGUUGUGUGGCUGGCUGGCCGCUUGUAGAGGAUUGACGUUUGGAUCCACCACAGAUCGGUCCUCAGAAGAGACACAGAGAGAGAGAGAGAGCUGGAGAUGGAGGCGUUAGUGCUCUAAGGAGCGACGUCGCUACUUGCCAAGUGAGAUAGGGCGCGGAGGAAGUGUGGCUGUUUCUCGACAGGGAGCGGUUCCACCCGGAGAAGGAGCAGCGGGAUCAGGAGGCGAAGAUUUGGUGCUUCAGCUUGAAGGAAGGGAAGAUUUCGAGUCUCACAUUCUCUGGAGCUUCUCUUCUGGUUGUCGCAGUCUCAUCAGUCCACCCGGACGGACUGACAGACAUACAGAUAGGCAACAAGCAAGCAAACAUCGAAGGAGGGCUAGCUGCCCAGUCGAGAAAAAUCCGAGGAGCAUACUCGGUGUAGACCUGAGACGCGCAUCAGAGUCAGGCAGAAGAGCUGGACAUCGCUGACGAAGGAGUCGGACUCGGAGAAUUUGGAGAUCCGCGGCACGAGCAGGUUCUGGCCGGAGAAGCAGAGUUCGCCGUCGUAGGCGUAGCCUGUUUUUGCUAAUCAAAAUCAGAGGCGAGCACCGCCGAAGCAAUCCGACGAGGCACUCUCGAGGUGUGAGCACGGAGCGGAGACGAAUUCCUCGAGGAAUACGGUAAGGACGGAGCGAACCGAGGGUGAUUUCAGCUGCGCGCACAGAAGAACUCGUUCUGCCUCUCACAGUGCAUAGACGAAUUGCCGCCCAUUGUUGAAGGAGGAGGAGAGAGCCGCUGGUUCCGAUUGUCUCGUGGUCGUUAGGGCUGCUGCUGCUGCUCCGCUCGCGAAGCGCAGAGCAUCUGCUAGGGUUCUGACGCUGCGCUCGCUCUUCUUUCUCGAGGAAAGGAAUUGGUCGCAAGAGCACGCGGCGAUCACGACUCCGUGCACGAUCCGAGGUCGGGCCCCUGACCGAGUCUCGGAUUGCGCGUGCGGAUUCAGCGGUGCAGCUGAUUCGAGGAAUUGCGUGAAUAAAGGGAGAGCGCGGCGAAUGGCCCCGGGGGGCGGCAAUUAAUCGACGACCAUGUCACGCGGAUCGAAAUGACUUCGUCUUUCAUCGUUAAUUUGAAAGGGGCCGCGCACGCCAGCGCGCCCGCACCGGUCAAGAGCGCAGGCCCGUGCUUCGAUCUGUGCUGCGGCAAGGAGUCGUCGUCGAGGCGAGCUGCCGCCGAAUUCCGGGGCCCCAAGCCCGCAACCGUUAAGGCGGGCCUGCGCCGAUCUGCCAGCUCGAGUGACACGACAACGGGCGGGAGCGCGAGCCUGCCGAACUUGUUGGAUUGCGUGUUCUCCAGCAGCGGCGGGAGUAGGAUCGGAAGCCGAGCCGAGUCGGCGCGGGGGACGAGCACGAGCCAUAGCAGCACGAGGACGAGGGCCAGGGCUAACAGAGGGUCCGAGUCCGAGCGGAGGUGCUAUCCUGCCACCGAGAGGGAGCCGGCGACAGGCGACGAGAAAGCGCAAGCUUCGGGCGAGUUCGGAUUGCGCUCGUCGUCGGGGUUGAGCAAGCUCUCGCAUUUUCUUCGAGAGCUCGCGCGGCAGGAUUGCUGGGCUGGAUUGCUCGAGCCCUUCCAAGGCGCUGGAAAUCUCAGCCCGGGGAACUACUCGUUCCAGGAACUGAAGCGCAGAUCGCCCAUCAUGCCGACAAACCUAACCUCUCCGGGCUACGAUCCUCGAUCGGCGCCCGCGGCCGAUACAGAGCUCGAGCAGAGUGCGGAUCGCGUGCAUGAGGAGGAGCAGGCGAGCAUGUCCGGAUCGUCCGAGACCUCUGCGCUCCUGGCCUCGUACCUUCCGGACUCGGAUCUGCUCUCCGCUGCUUCUACGAGGUUGCAAGGCGCUCACGAUGCGGGAGUCGGAGCACCGGCCAGGGCGAACGGAUCGGCGCAAGUGUCCGCGCCGUCGGCCAGGAUUUGGAUCCACGACGAGCAGCCGCAGGCCGAGCUCUGCCGCGAGUCGGCGACGUGCGUGACAGCUGAGGACAUUGGCUCGUGCGAGAAUUUGGCGCUGUGGCUGGAGGAGCGGAUCGGGAGCUCGGUGGUGAGCCAGUGGGGGAAUGCCGCUGCCACCAAGAGGGUGUCGAAUCUGUGGUGCGAGCUCGUCGAGGGCGAAAUUUCUCUGGAGGACAGCCGGCCCCCGAAGCGCACCGCGCAUGUGGCCAGCGUCAAGAUCAGGAACGACCAAGGGCAUGUGCUGGUGGAAGCGUACCAGCAGAUGGCGGACGGACGAGUGAGGCCUCGGAAUCGGCCGCUAUCCGAGAAGAUGAGGCCCGGCGAGCACGUAGAGGAGGCAUGCCUGAGGGGCAUUUUUGAGGAGCUCGGAUGCCAAAUGGGUGCCCGCGAGAGGGUGGUUAUGGUUCCCGAGUCUUAUCGGAGGGAGGAAGAAGAGCGCGAGUCCUUCUCGUACCCUGGUCUCCCGACGCGCUACGUGAUUCACACGAUGGUGGCUCACAUCGAGCAUCUGCCUUCGACGGAGUUUUCCACCGACGAGGACGAGUCGGGUCAUGGUAGUAUCGGCUUGAUCGCACCGAUCGAUGGUGGGGCGGCUGGCGCAAACGGAAGCGCCGGUGCUGCUGCUCCUGUGGGGGUGAAGCGGCAUUUUUGGAAGUGGGUACCUGAAAAUCAACUCGGCGACUUGUGUAAAAGAUAGUCGAGCUGCUGCGAGAGAGCCUUAUCGUCGGAGAGAAGAUUCGUCCGGUCGUUGGUCUUGCAGUAAAUUUCAAUUUUCCUUAAUCUUGAACGCCGGGAGCGUUUUGUUCUUUUUUUCCCAUCCAAUCAGCCCAGAAGGUUUCGCGAUUUCGCCGUGUUAAGUUCACAUUUUCCCGUUCUCCUUACGAUCUGUAUCAUCCUCUAUGUCAGAAUAAAUGAUUUGGUUUUGGGAAAUUUAACCCGAAUUUUACGGGUUUCUUC